CGCCGCACGCCGCACAGUGCCUGCAGAGAUAACCGCCAGCUCGCUAUCCUGCACCUGCACGCUGCAGCGUUGCGCCGUGUGGGGAAGGGCGCGCCGCGAGGGUGGCGCCAGGGGGCGAGACGCAGCUGCAGAGAAGGAGCAGAGCCGCGCACACCCGCCGCCCGGCGAUGGGCGAGUCAGGGACGAGAUUGCGCCACGCCCCGGCGGCAGCGGCGAGACGAAGCCGGAGACCGAGGCAGGCACUCAGCCCCUCUCGCACUCCCCUUCUCGCACACAAUCAGCGAGAUAGCGGCGCCGCUCUCGCACCAUACGCGGUGGCCACCGGCUGCACCCGCGCCGCUCCUCGUCUAUAAGACCCGCAUCUGCAUCGCCCUCGUCCGGUUCCCACUUGUGUUCCCCACCCAACUCCUCUCCCGCCCCCUCCCCGCCCCAUCUCGCCCGCCAUGCGCACCGAGAUCCAGCAAGAGCCCAUCACGGCGCAGCGCUCGCCCGACGCCGCGUCCGAGGAGAAGUACCUCGACGAGAAGGCCGACAGCAAGGCCGAGCCACAGGCACUCGCCUACGAGCAGGCCGAGGGCCAGUGGGACGAGAGCAAGGAGCGCUUCACCGCGCAGGACCUCAUCGACGGCAACCCCUUCCCCGAGGACACGCUGCCCGAGGAGACCGGCCCCGCACUCACCGUGCGCGCCGUGCUCGUCGGCACGGCGCUCGGCCUCGUCAUCGGCGCGUCCAACGUCUACCUCGGCCUCAAGACCGGCAUCACCUUCGGAGGCGGCCUCUUCGGCGGCAUUCUCGGCUUCGCCGUGCUCAAGUUCAUGAGCCGCACGUUCCCCGCUGCCUUCGGCGGCGGCUCGUUCGGCCCGCGCGAGAACGUCACGGUCCAGUCGGCCGCCACCGCCUCGUCCGGCCUCGCCUCGAUGUUCGUCGCCGCGGUGCCCGCCAUGUACCGCCUCGGCCUCCUUACGACGCCGCGUCAGGACUUCGGCCGCCUCGUCACCUUCUCCCUCGUCUCGGCCUUCUACGGCUGCUUCUUCGCCAUCCCGCUGCGCAAGUUCUACAUUCUCAAGCAGAAGCUCAUCUUCCCCUCGCCCACGGCCACCGCCAUCGUCAUCCGCUCGCUGCACUCGACGGGCGGCGCGGCCAUCGCCAUGAAGAAGGUUUGGGUCCUCGUCUACUCGUUCGUCGCCUCCAUCGCCUGGGUCGUCGUCAACCAGUACGUGCCGGGCAUCCUGCUCGACCAGCACGUCUUCUACUGGUUCUACACCUGGGGCUGGCGCACGGCGCUCGCCGUCGACAACUGGAACUGGUACACGGAGAUCACGCCGGCCUACACGGGCGCGGGCAUGCUUGCCGGCAUGAACGCCUCGUGGUCGAUGCUCGGCGGCGCCUUCCUCGCCUGGGGCAUCAUCGGCCCCUCGCUCAUCGCCACCGGCCAGGCCACCGGCCGCCAGCUCGAGCCCAUGGAUCCGCAGUCGCGCUGGUCGUACACGUCGAUGAACUACAAGCCGCUCACGCAGGACAUCCACGAGGCCUCGCCGCGCUACUGGCUCCUCUGGCCCGGCGUGUUCAUCAUGCUGCUCUGCUCCGUCACCGAGGUCGCCUGCAACGCCCCGACGAUCUACCGCGGCUUCCGCGGCGCCUUCCUCAGCGCCAAGGACAUGGUGCAGCGCAAGCCCGUGCGCGAGUUCCCCGGCGAGAUCCCCGACCCGGCGCCCAAGGAGCAGCAGGUGCAGUGGUACUACUGGGUCGGCGGCCUUGUGCUCUCCGUCAUCUUCACCGUCGUCGUGUGCGCGGUGCAGUUCGACAUGAGCGUCGGCCUCACCAUCCUUGCCAUCCUUCUCGCCUUCAUCUUCUCGUUCAUCGGCAUCCAGUGCAGUGGCACGACGGACACGAACCCGCUCACCGCCGUCGCCAAGGUGUCGCAGCUCAUCCUCGGCGGCGUCACCAAGGCCGAGGGCCGCCCGAUCAACCAGGCGCGCCUCGAGAACCUCAUCGGCGGCUCCAUCGCCUCGUCGGCUGCCGCCCACGCCGUCGACAUGGUCGGUGACCUCAAGACUGGCCACUGGGUCCGCGCCUCGCCGCGCUCGCAGUUCUGGGCCCAGCUUGCCGGCUCGGUGUUCGCCAUCCCCUUCUCGGCCGGCCUCUUCGUGCUCUUCUCGUCCGCCUACCCGUGCAUCAACGACGCCUCGAUCGAGGAGUGCCCCUUCAGCGUGCCCUCGGUCGCCGCCUGGCAGGCCGUCGCCGUCGCCGUCACGGCGCCGAAGCUGCCCGUCUCGCUCUCGUCGGGCCUGACGGCCAUCUUCCUCGGCGGCUUCUUCUCGCUGCUCAUCGUCGCGCGCUACUUCUGGAUCCCGACCAAGUACCACAACUACCUGCCCAACGGCAACGCCGUCGGCCUGUCCUUCGUGCUGCCGCAGAUCUACGUGCCGAUUGCCAUGGCCUUCGGCGCCACGCUCGCGCACUUCUGGAACAAGAAGUACACGCGCUCGUCGGAGCUGUACAUGUACUCGGUCGCCGCCGGCAUGGUUGCUGGCGAGGGCAUUGGCGGCGUCAUCAACGCCGCGCUGACGAUCGGCGGCGUCGACGGCGGCGUGUACGGCACGACGGUCGGCCUGCCGCCGUGGUAGUGGUCUCGCCCUUGCCUUCGCUUUGACCCUUCCCUCCCCCCCCACGCCUUUGACCCGCAUUGGUCUUUCCCCGGUCACCUGAUUCCCCACCUCUCCUGAUGUACGACCUGAUGCACCCGGGCGACGACGUGCAU